ACUCACCACAUACACCCACACACACACACAAGCGCAAAAGCGCAGUCUUUCCUUUGCAUCAACUUCUUGCCCCACACCCACCUCCGGCCUCAAGGGUGGUCUGUCGACUGUUGCCCUUUUGAAACCCCCGGCAAGCAGGUCCUGUUUGUUUUUGCCCCGAAAGGCGUCGUCCAACAGCGAAUCGAGCAGCUCGAGUCUGCUACUCUCGGUCUCGCACGCGCACGCGCAUAUGGCCUAGUCGCACAAGUGUUUUGGCGUGUCUUCAUCCUCCAUCCAUCCUCCCAUCCCAACCUGUUUUCAUUCCACCUUGCGCCCACUUGGUCGGGUUGAGCAUUGAGCAGCCACCGCCGCGCUCUCUCUCUCUCCACUCUCGCGUGCUCUCACGACGACGCACGCACCGACCUUCGUCACUCCUUUAACACACACUGAGGCCCUACUCCGCCACCCCCUCCCCCUUCCGCCCGCCCUGUCAACAACAUCACCUCUCCACCUUCACCUUUCACCCCAGCAAGCGCCGAGCCGCGCAUGCUUUGACACUCUACUCGUGCCAACUCCACUACUACACUUGACAACAACUCGCACCGGGGAGAAUCUUGACUCUGCCCUGCGCUGCGCAACAUGUCCGCUUUAGAAACGGACACGCGCAGGGCGCAAAAAGUGACAGCGGCAAAGAAGAAGUUGAAACAGUUCCGAGCCGCCCGAGCUGUUCACUCGCUCACUCCGUCAUGGGACGACCCAUUAGACGACUUGGGUCUGCCAACGCCCUUGAAUGCGAGCACGGUCGAGAACUCUGCGACGCUGCCCCGGAGAAUGCCCAGCUACACAAAGGCAGAUCUGGACGCGACUAUUCGUGGGGACAUGCCUUCCUUCAGGACACAACGGCAUUCGCGGAGUGACAGCAGGCAGGGAGAGCACCGUCGUCAGCUGUCGUCGUUCUCAUUCUCUCGUCAACAGAGCACCUCGUCUUCGCGACCGUCGAUAGCGGGCGUCUUUGAUGAUGCCGUCGACGGGUCAGGAGCACACACGACUUCACCCAGCAUUGACCUUGGAAACGAUGUCCCAGUCGCGCCUGUGCAAAACCCAAGUGCAACUCCCACUAUCCGCAGUGUGCAGCUGCUCGCAGAACACGAUGAGCAAGAAACAACAGCGGUCAAGGCUCGCAUGGGAGCUUUCACCUUCGGAUCAAAACCUGCAUCGGGGCAUCAAAGACUCCUCCCCUCGGUCGAGUUGCGCGACUCAUUUCCACCUCCUCGACCUUCCCGAACGUCCCCUCCGCUUCCAUUCAACUUCCCCGCAUCUCUGGGUGCCCCUUCGUCGACUUCACCCGCGCCUUCGGGUUCCAGAUCAAAUUCCCCACCUCAGUCAACGCAGCAACGGAGGCGGCAUUCGCACAACCGUUCCGAGUCCAUCUCGCUUCCCAAUCUCAAGCUGGGUCGCCCUUCGUCCCUGGGCGUCUCCUCCCCAGUCUUUCCCCCUUCACCUUCAACGCCCGAGCCGUCGUCGCGCUCGUCGCGUUUCCACGCUGCCCUUAACGGAAGCCGCCUCAAGUUCGAGCCUAGCGACAAGGAAAAGGAAGAGUCUCGACGCCGGGCGCUCGACAAGCUCACAGGUGGUGUGCGUGUCGAGGAACCUCGGUACAGCGCCAUCACAUUGCCCGACUUUGACGAUGACGACGACGACAUGUCGAUCACGUCCUCACGGCCGCCAUCGGGAACGGUCAACUCGACUGCCUCUUCGAGCAGGCCAUCUUCCAUCACCGUCCCUUCUACAAACGGGUCGUUCAACGGCUCGGCCACCUCGCCAUUACCCUGGUCGGGCUUUGAGGACACUGAUCGAUGGAGCUACCCGCAGCGAUUCGACGCCAAGGACGAGACGGCGUCGUUCACCUUUGACGUGUCUGGGCCGACAAAGACGUCGUCUGUGCUUCUCAACUCGCAUCUCGGCGUCUUGACCGAAGAGGACGAGACCGAGUCGGACACUGCCGAAGACACUGACAAUCGCCCAUCGACGACGUCUUCAUUUGCCGAUCCUCCUUCCCUCACGGAUGACGAAAGCGCCGUCACCUCUGGCCCCACGCCGUCAAAGCUGAGGGAGCUCCAUCUCGUGUCGUCCGUGUCAUCUGCCGGUUCGCGUCGGGGAUCAGUCCCCGACGUUCGCGAAGGAUUCGCGCGCGCCCUUGCCCAGUCUCGGGAAACGCCUACCAAGGGCUACGGCACCAUUGGCCGCGGACGGCCCAGGCCACUUGGGCUCGAGGGCGUCACGUCUCUGUCGCUUGGCUCGGCGGUCUCGGCCCCCAGUCCCGUCAAGGGAGCAAGAGCAAGAGGAGUUCCUGGCCCUGCCGGUCGCCGCGUCGGACAGCCAGGAUCCCGCUCGAGUUCCAUCUCGUACAAGAGAGAUGACAGUGGGAGCAACUCGUCGCGCGACUAUUCGCGAGGUCCGACAUCUCCUCCACCAAUGUCCGAUGUCAGCUCGCCGACGUACACGCAUUCACCGCUUGGUGACUGGCAAUCGCGGUCGAUUGGUCGGCCUUGUCCUCGCCCACACAGCCUUGUCCAAGGUCUGGGCGGAACAUCAGGCCGUGUGCUCGGUGAAGUUGAGGAGGAGGACGCCCCCGAAUCCCCGACCAUCGAUUUUCGCCCUCCGUACGACGCUCGUGAUGACGGCGUGUCCAACGGACGAGCGAGCACCGAAGCGUCACGCGACAGUGUCGACGACACGUCCGUGUGGCAGUCGAACCGCCACGACAGCUGGCCAGCAAGUCAGCGUGACAGCUGGACGGGUGCGAGCAGACGAGACAGCCGCGACCGCUUGGAUGCCGAGAUGGAGCGUGAGGCUCUCCGCGACGACGUCGAGAUGUGGCGUCGGCGGUGUCGCACACUCGAGGACAAGCUGGAAUCGGAACGCCGCGACUCGACGGUACUACGCGAGCGGGUUCGAAAGCUUGGCGACCGUCUGCUCUCUGUCUCGAACACUGCCCCCAGCAACCCUACCGCCGAUGAUCGCCAUCUCAUAGCCGAGAUGAGGGACCAGAUCUUCAGCCUCACGUCUGCCCUGGAGCGUGAACGCAAGGACAAGCUCGAAGCUCAGGCCCGGAUUGCUGAGCUGCAGAUGAGCGUCGAUGCUUUCAAGACUCCCCAGGUGUCGACCAACUCGUUACCGGCGACGCCCAAGUCGCGACCACACCGACCUGCUUCACUCUCGUUACGGACGCCUCCUCAUGCAGCUACGCCUCCAGGUGCCAAGUAUGCCGAUGCGGACGAGGACGAGCCCGAGGCCGCGGAGCCAUCUGCCGAGGACGCGAGCUAUGACCGCAUGAAGGGCUGGGGCUUCCCCCGUGGACGCAUCGACCGGUCUGAACGCGACGCCAAGGCCGAGUCGUUCUUUGGCCUCUCGCGGCCUCGCGCUGUUCGCGCUGGCGGGAGCGGGUCUGGCCUUGGCCUUGCGUGGCCCAACACGCCGGUUGAUGGCGAGUUUGACCUGCCCCCGUUUGUCGUGAACGCGGACAACAGCUCAUUUGUGGUCCCCGUUUCUCCGACUGAGCUGUCGUCUGAGCCAACAGUCCGCAUCGAGCCUACUACUGUUCGGCUUGUUUCGACGCCCCGUCGCGCCGUCGAGGCGGCACCAUCCCGCCCUCCUCCCCCGAGCGCCAGCGCCUUGUCCUUCCUAUCCGACUAUCUGCCUCUGCCGCGGGCGACGCCGACGAGCGCCAACAUCCCUAGCGGCCCGAUCCCACGCAUCUCGAUUACGCCGUCCUCCGUGUCGCCCAAGCGCCGGCUUGCGCACCUGCCGGCGUACGAGUACUCUGCCGAAAUGGCGAGUGCUGCGCGUACUUCGUGCGACAUUGACUUUGCACCUCACGGGUGCAAGCGGUGCACGGGUGAGAUUAUUAUCCUUUAGCAUAUGUCCGACGACCUAGAUGGUGUCUGGCGCAAGCGGACAAUCUUUUGGUUUUAUUGUCAAUCAAUUGUAUUAGCACAUAUACCCAGUGUACAGAUGCCACAUUAGGCGAAG